UUCUAUACUAAUACACCGACACAUCUACAUCUUACAUUUUCAGAUGUGCGUGAGCAUUUCCGAUCUUCGCUGGAGACAUCCGAAUACGAAAAUACAUCGAAUAUGUUUCAUGCGACUGAGGCGGAGUCAACGCUAAAUCUUUUACUACGCUGUGAACUGCUGUUGGCGAACUAUUCCAAGGAUGAUGCAAGUACAACAACACUUAAUAACAAUGAGCGCAUUGUCAAUGGGAAAAUGAAGUCAAAUGAAGUCAAUGAAGGAGUCAAUGGAGUUAAUGGGGUCAAUGGCCUGCCAAUGCAAACGAGGACAAAUACAGCGGACAGUCAAAGCAAUAAUUCAACAAAGAACGCCUCCAAGCAGACAGAACAACAGCACGAAGACGCUUCGUACUUGGAUAUGAGCGGAGGAGGCAAAACUUGUGGCAAGAAAUCCUCCAGCUGGUAUGAUCACUGGAAUAAUGAAACGAAGAGCGAUAAGACUUUCCGGUGCUCAGUACGUCUUGGCAACCAAACCAACAGCCAGGCAUACAGUGAUGAUGAUUUCGAUGAAGAUGAUGACGAUGACAGUGAAGGCAACGAAGAUGACAACGGCUCUCAAAAUUAUGAUAUUUGUCAGGUAUCCAGCCAUGACAAGGACGAGAUGCAGAAGGCAAUAACGCCCGAAUUGGAACCCAUGCAAGCGAUUGAUUGCCCUUAUAUGGAUUUGCCUGCGGGCCACCUUUCCAUCGAGCGCGCCACCAAAUAUGGUCAGCUGCAACGCAUCGAGAAGCGUUUAUUUUUCGAUCAAUGCAAAAAGUAUUACUGUGGUGUGUUGAACGAUUGGCUUCUCUGCUAUGCAGAUGGCCCCACCGCAGCACAUCCGAGCAUUACCUUGUAUCUAAAGCACAGCGGCAUCGAAAUCGAGCAUUAUGGUGAGGGCAAGCGUCGUGAAGUUUGUUUCCAGAUCACCACCGCCGAUCCCAACAAGAAAUUCCUCUUUCAGGCGAAUAGCGAGGUGGAUGCCAAAGAGUGGAUAAUCGCCGUGGAGACGGCUAUACGUGGGGAUGCAGCACCAGCCAAUGUAAUGAAGAACGUUCGGAAACUGCCAACACCGCCCAUUGUUAAGAAAAUAACAUUCAUGGGCCAUAUGAGCGCCGCGCCAGCUCACGAUUGCAUUUACGAGGAACCUUCUCCGCUCUUCCAAACAGAAAAGUCACCCAACAAACCGCCAAAUUUGCCAGUAAAGAAGGACACCUUAUCUGCGCUUGAUAUGGUCAACUGCUUUGAGUACGAUGUGCCAAAGUGUCCACCACAGCCCAUUAAAUCAGCUGAUAUUAGCCACACUGAAUCGGAAACUGUUGAGCUAUUGAAUUUAGGUGAGAAGAGCGUGCUGAGCGCCGAGAAAAUUGAAUUCCAGUCCAUUGUCAAGGAUGUGCAUAGUAAGUUGUCUAGUCAGUUAUCGGCGGGCACGACGCCGGAGCGUCUAAAAAAGGUCGCUAAAAAGACAUACUCCGGUAGCAGUGCCAGCGAUGUAGAAGCUGUAGCGCUUACGCCCGCUUCUGCUGCAGCGGCUAAAGAACACAAGAAACAACGCAAAUCGACCACGCCGAAUGUCAGUCCGCAGAAGGGUAGCAACAGUGUCAUUAACAAUCAAAACAAUACCAGUAACAACACAUGUGCUAGCGAGCGAGCAGCGGUGAAAAGUUGGUUUUUCAAUCGGCUGAAUAAAACCACCUCUUCGGGUCGCAGCACCAGUUCAUCCAACUCCACAUCUUCUUCGCCAGCCAAAUGCAAACAAAGCGAAAAAGAGAAUCUACUGCAGAGCCUCGAAUUGCAUGACACGGUGGAUGGUGUUGGAGGCAGUGAUGCUCUACAUAACACCAGCAGCAACCCCGCUUCACCAAUACUAAAGAACUCAUCCUCUGGCGGCACUGCCGGUAUGGUGGAUAGCUCGAUGAAGAGCAAAGUUGAUCUGAUAAUUAAAGAGUUCGAGACAAGUGCGCACAUGGGCAUGCUCACCAUGGAAACGUUGGCGGGUAGUGCUGUAGCCUCACUUAGUUCCUUCUGCGACAAUGACUGCAAUAACUAUGAGCCCAUCAUGACUGUGACAACACCACCAAGCAGCUUUUUGAAGAAAAUUUAGCUGGUGACUUGCGCAAAUAGCGGAGUGUAGAUUGAAGACAUCACUGGAUGGGUGCAUGGUGCAUCAGACACUCAAUUUAUUUCUAAUAUUAAUUUUAUAAAUUCAAUAAUGCUUUAGAGUUGCACUCUUGCUAAAUUUUGAAGUGCGUGGACAAUAAGAGUAUUCAUUAUUUCAAUUAAAGAAUUGUUCUUUGGAAUAAACAAUUUUCGUUAGUAUUAAAAUGUAAGGAAAGGUUCUUUUUUUCGGACGGUACAAGGUUUGUGGAUUCUUCUAAAAUGAUUUAGAGUUGAGGGAUUCUCCACCUACAUAUGUACAUAAGUAUCUGAAAUUAAGUCACACGAAAAAAACUUUUGGCUGCCGCUCAUAUGAGCGAAAAUUAGGUUGGGUUAGUCUGGCUGGCUGUGUCACAAACGAAUAGCAGGUGAAGAUAGCUGAAGGUUUACCCAAGAAGGUCUGAGGAAGUGAUUCCCUGUAUGCCUUCUAGAAUGGCGUUUUCUAUUGUACUAGUUUAUAUUAUUUGCAAUGCAUUUUUGGUUGCAAUACAGCAGCUGGAUACAAUUAGUGAAAUUGAUAAUUUUUGUGAAUUUGGAUUGGGAACGAAAAAUUAAACUGAAGCUGGCACGGAGCCGAACUGCUUAGUCCCAAAACCAAAUUUGCUACUCUUUCGAACUCCGAAAGAGAUGAAUCACAGAGAUACGUGCACGGAAUAAACAACAUUCGUUUCACACGAAUUUUUAUUCUUACUUAUUUAAUUAUUAAAUUUUAAGUUUAAUACCUAUUUUAGCUUAAUGGCAAAAGGUUGCAGUACAACUCAAAUUAGAGAACAUAAAAAUCAAUAACAGAUCAUUUUAUUUUUCCGCACAUUUAUUUCAGAUAACAUUUUUAUGCUUGUAAAUAUGUGUGUAAAAAUCGUUUAACAUUAAAUAUUCUUUUUGUUGUGAAUUUAUUGUUUCUAUUAUUUUGUGUAUUCAACUAUCGCAGCAAAAAAAAAAACGGUUUUAAAGUCCCACAAUUUUUAAAAUAACUUCAAAAACCCGUCAAAAAACAGUGAAUUUGUUAAGGAAAUGUACAAUUUUCACAGGAAUCUUGAUUUUACAUUAAAAAUCGGACCAUGGUGUUUAAGCAAUUUUUUGAUAUAUCUGCAUUGAUUUUCGAUACACUUGCUAGCAAUGAUAACGUCAAUAUAUAGGAAA